GCAAAUCCUUGAAAUUCAUGAAACUUUUAGUUGAUGGACCGGGGAUAAAUCAAUUUAAUCCUUCCUAUUCUUUCUUGGCUUUUCACCACGAAAGAUAAAGAUAGUCCAACUGUCUCAAUGGAUCUCAUCCCACCAGUAUGGCCUCGGUGACAUCGCUUGGGCUGCACCAGCCCACUGCACUUCAAUAUGCCUUGCAAGAGCAGCUUUUACCAGAAAACCCCCCUUGUUCGUCGUAUGACUGGAACAUAACAGUUGAGCAUACUAUCGAUGAAGAAGGUGAAGAUGAGCUUCUAGUCACUAAAGAUACGGUUAUCUGGUCUAGGGGAUGUGUUUUUCGAAAAGCUUUCGGCUUUAAGCUUGAGAAGGAACCCAUAACUCAAGCCCUUUUAACUUAUUUCCCAAACUCCGAGGGUGACGAAGAUGCUCAAGAAAACAAACCAUCAAGCGAACGAGGCCGAUCCGACGACCAUGAGAGGCCGUUGUUGAAGGCUUUGGUGGUUUUCCUAAAAACUCAGGCUCACGUUUACUUCCUCAAUGGGUCUAGUCACGUGGUACAUAUGCCAUUUGAAGUUGAAUCCGCUUGCGUUGCUCCUCGAGGUGUUAUAAUACAGCGAAAGCAGCGAACUGAUAGCGGUUUGACCUCAAGCCUAAAAUUCCCUCGAGUCCCACAUAACUCAUUCAUCUCGAAUCUUUCUCCAUUAUCCGCUCGAUCCUCCCAGCAAAGUACAUUUUCGACUGAGACUCUCGGUAAACCGAAAGCUCUUCCUCUAAGGUUAAAUUCCAACCUUGAAAAUCUUUGGGAUGUACCUGAAGAGAAGAACGAUUCGCAGUGGCCACGUCUAGUGGCUCUUACGGAUCCUCUGCUGGAACUUGGGCUGGUAGUCACCCAUCCCGAUAGGUCCGCCAAGCGGAAGAGUAGUCGGAACUCAGAAAAGUCUCCCAAUUUCCUUGACCGCGCAGAAGAGAUAAUUCAUAUCGAAGAAAUACCACACCACCAAGCCUAUAGGAGAGGCAAGGGGAGGUUGGUUCUCGCAGUGACCGUUAAUAGAGAGCUCUGCGUGUAUACCGUUUGGAAACUUACCUAUAUCCGUAACGAAGAUCCCUUUAUCAAUGGACGAAAGGUUACGAAGAAGACGGACAGGCGGCGUAGCUCGAUGCAGCCAGGCUUGGCCAGCGGUGCCACAACGCCAUUGCACCCUACUUUUAGGGAGAGUUUCGGUGCCCCUCUGCCUGGAAAGCGAUCGCGCAAGAGCGAAAAGGUUGAAAAGAACGACAAGAUCUUAGAGAACCUCGAAUCUUCGCUUGGAAUUGAAAAGGAAUCGGGUGUGACCCGUCGAACUUCUCGUCGCGUAAGUUCUAUGCUUGCUCGAGCCGAUUUAUCUGCAUCACAGGAUAGGACAGCAUUCUCUGAGCAAGCUCAAAUCUCCAACCACCCCAAUUCAAGACGAGACACAUCUCAUGGUAGCCAUCGGGGCCGAACUAGUGGUGUUAGCUUUACCGGAGUUCCUGGUCACGGGGUGAAUACUCUCCUAGAAGCCCCAGUAGACAGUUUGCUAGAAGAGCUUCGCGCCGGCGGAGACUUCGAGGGUUUCCAUAGCAUGGGAUUAGACGACCAUGAUUUCGAUGGGCUUACCCAAGAAAUACUGUUCACGAAGAUCCAUAGUGUCCCUAUCGACAACAGCACCGUGCGGUAUUCUCUUUCGAAGCAGCCAGCACGAACACAGUGUAAAGUUUUCUGUUUGAUCGGCCCGGAGUCUAUAGACGAUAUGCACAAUCGCCAGCAGGUAUUGGUAGGAAUCCAAGACCCAAUGGAAAAACGCCUGCAGCUAUUGACUCUAUACUUACAAUCGGACAAGUCGUCUGAGCAUGAUAGAACAGUUGUGACAUUUGGGCAACUAAGAAAAGCUCAAAAUGUCAUAGACUCCUGUAAGAUAGUCGACGGCGAAACUUCGAUGAUUCUCGUACUGUCGCAAUCUUCUGAAGGCCAACGGGAACUUAGCAUUCAAGCGCCGUGGUCUCAAUUAACAUCUAUUACGUUACCACCAAAACUCUCUCUCGCCAAUCUACGUAGCCUCGACUAUCAUGGCAGUCUCGUCAAUCGCGAUGUUGGCAUUAGUAGGGCUAUAACACCUGUGAUCGGGGAGAUUGCCGGUCUACGACAUCCCAAGCUACGUGGUGUCGUCGACAUCCUGGAUGAUGAUGAUCAGCAACUGCACCAAAUCCGCAUUCAGCUCCAGCCUACUUCCCCGAGAGUGAUGAAAGUCAUCAAAGUUCUUCGAUCGUCUCUCCCAGCAUCAUGUGGAGAGAAGUUAAUGUCCAAUUGGUGGGAGGUUAUUGGAUGGCUCCGCCAACAAGACAUUGACAUCGUCGACAUCGAAUGGUCCGCGGUUGUUAUCCUAGUACUCUCAAUAUAUCUAGCUCUUGGAGUUGACGAGACUACACUACCAGUAGAAGGUAGACCUCGAAGAAAAUCUAGAGGUUAUCUUAGGUCAAGUAGCGGGGCCCAGAUCGAUCUCGGUGACUGGGACACGAUGAAUACAUAUGAAAUGCCUGGUUCAUUAACCCAUCCGCCCUGGAUAGAAAACAAGGCAUGGCAAUGGAUAAUGGAAGAAGACGAUUCCUCUCUAUCGAUGUUUCGCCAAAGUUCUGAACAGAAAAACGCUUCCUUCAUUUCUUUACACACCAAACACGCUUUGGCGUAUAUAUCUUCCAGUCAAGGAGACACCGCCUUUGGUCCGAACGGGCAUUUCCCAACCUGUUCCAAAAACGAUUACUUAACCAGAACACGGUAUGCUCAAGAUGUUUUCCUUGCUCUGCACCUACUUUUAGAAGAGCAGAAAUUAGACAUGACAUCCUCUCACGCGUCGUCUCCGGGGUCGGUUGAUUUACGAGCCGUACUCCUUCAAAUUUCCCGGUGGUUGAAGUGGCGUGAUUGGGUGGCUUCCUACGAACUAGAAAUGCCAUUAGAUUGGCCAGAGCAGUCGUCGGAAUAUGUUAGUAUAUCCAUCUUACUCGUACCCCCAGAGCCUGCAUAUUGGAAUGUUUUCGACUGGAUCCGAACAAGCCUCUCCCAAGAACCGUCCCAGUCAUCAUUCGUACCACCGAUAAGAUCGGUCAUGAUGUACUCAGUAAUCCCUCGUACGAAGAUGUUUGAGGACCUCUUUAAAACACUCUCCUGGAAAAGUCGAACCCCAAUAGAUUACGCGGAGGCAAUGUACGAAAGUGGUGUUACGCCAGCCAUAUUAGAAUCGCUACCUGAAUAUGUGCUCAUACCUCUCCAAGACGCAAUAGCCCGAUGCCAACCAGCACCUCCAUCUGGAUGGUCUAAAGGGUUACUUAAUCUGGUCAACAGGAGUGACAUUGGCUCGAUUCUAACACGGUCGAACAAGCUUCCUGUUGGCUCGACGAGUAUGCUUGCUCCUACUCAUAUUGCUUCUUGGGAUUUCAAUUCUCUAUGUCAGAAUGUGAAGGACUUUAAUGAUGCUCCUUCCGAUGACAUCGCGGAGAGUGAUAAGCAAGCAGUGAUCCGUGCCAUCUUCAAAGAUGAUCGACGCCUUGAUGAGAUUAAAAUGAUGCUUAACACGACCAAACCACGAAUUAUGCGAUUAGAUCCACUCCCUGAGUGGACAGAACCGUAUUACCUCGAACAACAAAAGGAAAUGGUCACAAGGCUUGCUAACAACACCUUGUCCAUACCAGCUGGCCGCGGUCUGAUGAACUACGGGCUGCGAUUCCCUCUUCUAACUCAGAAGUUUCAUAUCAAUGGUUUUGUUCUUAACUGUACUGUUAGACCUAACAAUGUAACAGUAGGGGUUGACAAGUCACUUUUCACAGAGGAGAGAAUUGCUUGGGCCUUCUUCCAUUCUGGUGUCGCCGGUGGAUUAUCCAUAUCCCGCCAAGCCAAGGGAAUAGACACGUCAUGGAUUCUCUACAACAAACCCGGCAAUGAUUUAAGCAAUAGGCAUGCCGGGUUCCUUCUGGCGUUGGGUCUUAACGGACAUCUGAAAGGUGUAGCGAAAUGGGUUGCUUUCAAGUAUCUGACGCCGAAACAUACCAUGACAUCAAUCGGCUUACUCUUAGGACUAGCCGCAUCAUAUAUCGGAACCAUGGACUCUCUCAUCACUCGUCUACUGUCUGUUCACGUCACGCGAAUGUUGCCUCGGGGUGCUGCUGAGCUAAACCUCUCCCCCCUAACACAAACAACUGGUAUUAUGGGGAUCGGUCUGCUUUAUUGCAAUAGUCAACAUCGUCGAAUGAGUGAGAUCAUGAUGUCUGAAAUCGAACACAUCGAGCCUGAAGAUGAUGAAGAACCACUCCGCACCGAAUGCUACCGGUUGGCAGCGGGUUUUGCUCUUGGAUUUAUUAACCUUGGUAAAGGCACUGAUUUGAAGGGCCUUCAUGAUAUGCGAGUUACAGAGAAACUACUCACUCUAGCCUCAGCAACUAAGAAAGCUGAGCAUGUGCAUAUUCUGGACAGAUCAACCGCCGCCUCCGUGGUGGCUAUUGCACUCAUCUAUAUGAAGUCGGAAGAUCACAUCGUGGCCCGAAAAAUUGAUGUCCCUGAUGCGCCUCUGCAAUUUGACUAUGUCCGUCCGGAUAUCUUGUUGUUGCGCACCGUCGCGAAGCACCUUAUCCUCUGGUCAGAAAUCGAGCCGACGCAAGAGUGGGUCCGUAAGAAUCUACCUCGUCGUUAUCAUACGAGGUUACAACCGUCUCUUUAUCCCUUAGAUCACCCUUCCCGUGGGCCGCUUAACUCGACGCUUCUACCCUUCCUCACAAUUCUAGCAGGUCUCUGUUUUGCUAUAGCGCUGCGCUUUGCUGGAUCUGGAAACGUGAAAGUCCGCGACCUCCUACUUUCUUAUAUCCGCAAAUACUAUUCACAAUGUUAUCACCCUGACCCUAAAGCCAAUUUCGAUAACAGAAUCGUUCAACUGACGGCGAGCAUGUGCCUCGAUGUCGUCGCACUAUCCUGUGCAACCGUGAUGGCCGGCACAUGUGAUCUUGAAGUUCUCCGGUACCUUCGGUCUCUUCACAGUCGAAACGAUCUCGAAACGACAUACGGUUCGCACAUGGCGACACAUAUGGCAAUGGGCGUGCUUUCCCUUGGUUGUGGUACUCAGACUUUUAACACCUCAAACUUAGCUAUCGCCUCACUACUCGUUGCUUUCUACCCCGUCUUCCCAGAUUCUGUCCAAGACAAUAAAAGCCACCUACAAGCGUUCCGACAUUUCUGGGUAUUAGCCACCGAUCCACGCUGCUUAGUCACGAAAGACGUAGCAACAAACGCCCCUGUAACAAUGCCCAUCGUCAUCCGUCUCAAGAACUCGGAAGAGGAGGACGUGCGCAUGACACCGUGCCUCUUACCCCCACUCAGCGACAUCCAAAUUGUCCGGACCCUAUCUCCCGAAUUCUGGAACCACGAGCUCAACUUCGAAAUACACCCUGAAUACGCAGGCGCGUUCUCGCGCUCGCAGGCGCUCUACCUCCGCCGACGGCCUGUUAGCGACAGCCCGUUCGCGACGACAAUGCUGACUCUCGGUCGCAACGGCAGCCUCAGCGGCUGGUCUCUGUACACGACGGCGCAGCCACUCGAAUGGUUGUUCGACCACGUACCUACCCUUCACAAGCUUACGCACGCGGAGCGCGAGCUAGUUCUCGAUCGCGGCCUCGCCGGCCCAGACGCUAGUAACGGCUCCGUCAGCGCCGUCGACGCACGCCUCGUGCUUCAGGACAUCGUGAAUAGCGGGAAUAGAGACGAUUUACUGGGUCUCAAGGGCCUCUUUGAGUGGGCUGAUUGGAGAGCCGGAAAAGCGCAAGAAGAGCGGGAUAAGGAGAGGCAGCAGGCGAAAGCGAAAGGGAAUGUGGAUGAAUCUAAGACACUGAUCGAGCAUAAUAAGCAAAAGCAGAAGCCACCACAAUGGAGCGGGGAGGGGUGGUUGAGGGAGAGUAUUGUUGAGGCGCUGAGGGGUGGGGUGUGGCUUGCUGGAAGGGAGUGAUGGGAAUAUGGAUGGGGAAGAGGGCGGCGAUGCUUUACUUUGGUCAGUAUAUUCAUGGCGCGUGCGUGCGUAUAUGAGACUACGAGUCAAGACAUAAAUACGGUAGAUGCGAUUGUGUUAGUUGAUAAAAUGAUGAUAAUGAGAAAAUGGAAAAAAUUGGCACUCUUUAUA